GACAACAGCGGAGAGGUGAAGGCGCGAGGCAGCUGGGUAGACAUCGAAAGACCUCCAGAGGGUCAGAGCGAGGUAGACGGAACUCUGCUGUCUCUCUUUUUCUCUCAAAGGACAGAAACCUAGUCCAAGCAGCAGCGGAGGGAACCGACAAAGGUAUUUGAAAGAGAAGGAACGAGCCCCCAGUAGCGCUCCUGAGCGGCAGGGUGGAUAUAAGCUAGUGCCCAACAAAGGCAGUGGGGAAACGUCUGAAUCGUACGGCAAGGACCGGGAGACUCCGACCUUGGCCAGGGAACCCUUGGGCGCCCACCGUUCGCCUCAGAAGCUGCACUGCUCGGCUCUAGGACUCCCCUCCAGAACAGACGCCAAGCGCAACUCCAGCGUCCAAGGCUGUGUGCCCCGCGCGGGGAAAGCGUUUGGCACUCAGUUUCCAGGAACUAUCUACAGCUGCGGCUUUGAAAGCUCCCACGCACGCCCUGCGCCCUUGCGGGGACAGAACCCCCAGAGAGUUGGACUGGCUUUGGUCUUGACUCCACUCCCCCCCCACACACACACCCCGGAAUAUGACCUAGAAGCCCCUGCGCUUGCAGGUGGUCGCUGCCGCCACGACAGUCACCAUGAAUAAGGAGGCUGGAGGAGACGAGCUCGCAGAACUCUUCAGUCUGAUCCCGUACCUUCUACAGGCGGCCAACACCAGCGGCAAUGCGUCGCUGCAGCUCCAGGACUUGAGGUGGGAGCUGGGGCUAGAGUUGCCGGACGGCGCGGCGCCGGGGCAUGCCCCGGGCACCGGCCGGGCCGGAAGUGCGGACACCGAGGCGCGGGUGCGGAUCUUCAUCAGCGUGGUGUACUGGGUGGUUUGCGCGUUGGGGCUGACCGGCAACCUGCUGGUGCUCUACCUGAUGAAGAGUAAGCACGGAUGGCGCAAGUCCUCCAUCAACCUCUUUGUCACCAACCUGGCGCUGACAGACUUUCAAUUCGUACUCACCCUGCCCUUCUGGGCGGUGGAAAACGCUCUCGACUUCAAAUGGCCUUUCGGCAAGGCCAUGUGUAAGAUCGUAUCCAUAGUGACGUCCAUGAACAUGUACGCCAGCGUCUUCUUCCUCACCUCCAUGAGCGUGGCGCGCUACCUCUCGGUGUCCUCUGCUCUUAAGAGGUACCGGACCCGAGGGCAUGGCUGGGGCGACUGCUGCGGCCAAAGCCUGGGGGACAGCCGCUGCUUCUCAGCCAAAGCACUGUGCGUUUUGAUCUGGGCCUCCGCCGCGCUGGCCUCGUUACCCAACUCCAUCUUCUCCACGACCUUCAAGGUGAUGGGCGAGGAGCUGUGCCUGGUGCGCUUCCCCGACAAGUUGCUGGGCGGAGACAGACAGUUCUGGCUGGGCCUCUACCACUUGCAGAAGGUGCUGCUAGCCUUCGUGCUUCCGUUGUGUAUCAUCAGCCUGUGCUACCUUCUGCUGGUGCGCUUCAUCUCCGACGGCCGCGUGGCUGGGACCGAAGGAGGAGCCUCAGCGGCCGGGGGCGGCCUGGCCGCAGCCAGCGCCCGUAGACGGUCCAAAGUCACCAAGUCAGUGACCAUCGUGGUCCUAUCCUUCUUUCUGUGUUGGCUGCCCAACCAGGCGCUCACCACCUGGAGCAUCCUCAUCAAGUUCAACGCGGUGCCCUUCAGCCAAGAGUAUUUCCUGUGCCAGGUAUACGCGUUCCCGGUGAGCGUGUGCCUGGCUCACUCCAACAGCUGUCUCAACCCCAUCCUCUACUGCCUGGUGCGCCGCGAAUUCCGCAAAGCGCUCAAGAAUCUACUGUGGCGCAUCGCGUCGCCUUCCCUCACCAGCAUGCGCCCUUUCACGGCCACCACCAAGCCAGAGCCCGAGGAUCAGGGGCUGCAGGCCCUGGCACCUCUCCACCGGACCGCGGAGCCUGACCUGGUCUACUACCCGCCCGGCGUGGUGGUCUACAGUGGGGGGCACUACGACCUGCUGCCCAGCAGCUCCGCCUACUGACUCGGGCCCAUGGGGCACAGUCGCUGCAAAGUGGCCUUCCCCGAGUGGGGAAAGGGAUUAGGAGAUGCUGGGGGCCCACGGGAUCGAGAGGUAGGAGGGACCAGGAUAGGGAAAGGCGUGAAGGAGCAGCCUGUGAAAAGGCGGGGGAGGGGAGGCUGUCCGCGGAGAGGGAAGGCUUCCAAACCGGGUGGAGAGAGGACGCUGGCAAAGGGGCCGAGGUCAACCUCACAGGGCCAAGCCACCAGCCUGCGUCCCCUUCUCCCCACAUACGCCUCUUCCUCCCUUAAGCUCUCAACACUGGGCGGGGGUGGGGGGCGCCCAGAAGCGGGAAAGGAAUCAAGAACGUAGAGAAAUUGGGGCACGAGGAAGUGGGGCUCAGCCAAAGGUGCGCAGACAACUGAACGCAUUUAUUCCAGCCACUUUUAUGGAGCUCUUGAAGGGGUCGUCAAAGUGCAUCCAACCGCGCAGGAGCCGCCUACAAAACCUUUCCUUUGAGCCUUGGCACGCGAGACCGCCACAGCGCCAUCUGACUCGCUGCGUGGCUGCGCAGGAGACCUAGUUUGCGAAUAAGAAACUUCUUCCGAGUCGAAAGAAAGUAGUGACCACCCCGAUCCGCCCUCCAGAGAAAGGCACCGCGAGAGGGGCACCUCCCAGGGGGGCAUUGUAUCGUUUCUCAUCCCGGACAGAGCGAGUGGCUCUGCGGGAGCCGGACCGCGACUCUGCGCUUAGGUGUCACCCGAGGCAAAAUACUUGUCUCCAACACGCGCUAUCGAUUCGCUGGGGAGUGGCCUCACUGCGGGAGGGAGCGGAUGCAGUGUGAUGAGAGGGACUGAAUAGAGACCUCUUCGGGCCACCGCCUCUAAAGGAAAAGGGGAGCUGACGUGCUCACUUGGUGACCGAGUAGGAAGUGAGUGCGCCAGGCGCUGGCAGCCGUGACGUCCGGGUUCCCCGGAGAGCGGAGGGGUGCCUGGAAACACUGCACGCUGCAGGUGAGCUGUGCCCUGGAGCAACUUGACAAGGUCUGAGUAUACAGGCCUGGGAGUGGGGGCGUCUCUGCAGCGUCCUCCCCGCCCAGCCCUCACUCUUCGCGAAUCGGAUGUCCCUUUGAUAGCGGCUUGGGACCAAUCAGUAGAGGGAUGGCUCCGCCAGAGUUUUUGUAGGCUUAGAUAGAAAACUAAGAGAUGCUGUAGAAAUGUGCAAGGGCAGGGGAAAAGGGGGGGGGCGCUCCUGGAAACCAAAUUCCUAGAACCAAAUUUCAACAGGAGGGGUGGGGUGGGGAAAGGGAACGGAAGACUCAAGUAAAAUCUGUCCUAAAGGGAAGAGAGUACAGAGAGCGUGUUCUAAGGGGAUCCCCAGAAUUUCUGCUGUGGGGUUCUCUCUUUCUCAUGAUAUGGAGAGGACAAAGUAGGGAGUAAGACUUCCCAUAGGACACACCUUAACCAAGUUCCAUUUACUCUAAGCAGUGCUCUGCACAGUGAAUGAGUAUUAUGAAUUCUUCUGGAACCCCCCAGGCAAUCUAGGGAACCAUCUCUGAAGAGUGACAUGUUUCUUAUGACAAUUCUGUUCUGGCCACAGCAGUUUAAUCCUUUCUUGAGGAUGCUUAGAGAAUGGGGAUCAAUUAUCAGUCUAUCCACCCAACUGCUAGUUUUGACAGAGGUGCUACUGUUCUCUUUGGCGAUCUAGCUUGGGGUAAAACAGCAACAACAAGAAAAACCCAGCAAUGUGGGCAUCUACUGGUGUGGUUAU